AUGCAACCUCAGGCAGGGCCUGUUGAUGUCGCGGGCACGCGGACGAUAAGGAUUCUGCCACCUGGCCGGACGAUAAAGGAUGAGUACGACUUUCUUCAGUGUCUGCACGAAGCAGGAGGUGGCCAGACUCAGGUGUGGAAGGCAAGUUGCAAAUCCUCCGGUGAGGACCUGAUCGUCAAGGUGCGCUCCAGGCGGUUCGCCCCGAAUGGGGAGUUGGUCUGGCAGUCACUCCUGACGCGGAUGCUGAACCUCGAGGGCCAUCAGAACGUCCUAGGCCUGCGUGAUGUCAUCCAGGAUGAGGGCAGCUACUACAUCGUCAUGGUACGCUGCAGUGGGGGUGAGCUCUUCGAUUUCCUGCAAACUGAGACUGAUGUGCCAGAGCGCGAGUGCAAGCGCAUCAUGCGCGAGAUUCUCGAAGCUGUUGACCACAUCCACGCCAGGGGUCUCAUCCACCGGGACAUCAAGCCAGAGAACAUCAUGUUCCAUGAUACCUCCAACGAGCCAGCCUCACCAAAGACGCCGGCGAGCAAGAAGGCCGUGAAGUUGAUCGACUUCGACACAUGCCAGGAGUACGAGCCGAAAUCCCCACGUGCGAGGCACAUUGUGGGCACUCUCGGAUACUUGGCUCCGGAAGCCUUGCAGGGCGACUACUCCCCGGCGUCCGACCUUUGGAGUGUGGGCGUGAUCUUGUAUAUCCUGAUGACUGGAGAUAUGCCCUUUGAACAGGACCCGCGCGGCUGGAUCAUAGAUUUACUCCGCGUCAGGAAAUCUUUGCAGAUCGGGUCUCGGACACCCGCCGCGUCCUGGGCCGACUGUGAUAAGGGUGACCUCAAGGAUCAGAGAGAUGACAAGCAGCAAGACAUGCUCGAGCAAGGGCAGUUCCGGCACGCGCAUGAGGAGCCUCUUAUCGCCCAGAUGAGGGACCAGUUGGGGGAUCUCGUGGAGCACUGUCCAGAGGACUUCGUGCACGACCUCAGCAUGUGCCGCUUUUUGAGAGGGCACGGCGGCGAUCCCCAAGAAGCGGCGCGAUUCAUGCGAAAGGCAAUCGAAUAUCGGUUGGACUUGAUCUCGAAGUCGCCCGUCAAGGAGAUUCGUGAGCGUCUCGGCGGAUGCGAGCAGGUAGACCUCGAAAUGCUGCCCAGAGCAGAAGAACUGCUCGACUGCUUUCCCGUGCGCGUCAUUCGAGGCCGCUCCAUGGACUCCUUGCCGAUUAUCUGUUCUGCCGUCCGCUUGGCCGACUUCCGGAAGUUGGAAUCUUUUGGAGAUGCGGCUAGAGACGACUUCAUACUGGCACAGCUGGAGCAGCGCUGGAUGGUGCUCCACAACCUCAGCAAAAAGCAGCGCCGCAUGGUGAAAUACUUCGAGAUUCGCGACAUGAAUGGCGCUGCGAUUUCAACCCUCAUGUCCGAGGGCACCAACCAGCUUUCGAAGAUAAAGAGCACCCUGGGCCUGGUCCAAGACUUCUACCCGGAGAUGAUCCAUCAGGUCUCGGUGCUCAACUCCACUUCUGCGUUCUCGGGGCUUUUCAACUUUGUCUCCCCGCUGCUGAAUGAGCGGAUGCAGGCCAAGAUCAAGGUCUCCGCCACCGGCCUCCCCUUCGAGGAGCUUGCCGGGCUUAUGGAGCCCAAGGCCCUGCACUCUUGGGUGCAGGAGACCAGCAAACAUCUCAGUUGGUCGCAUUUGGUUGUGCCCAGUGGUGGGAAUGAAUUCUUCUCGCGCUGGUUGCAUCCGGGAGAUUCGCUGGAGUGGACAGCCAUCCUCGAGGAUGGAGAGCAGGUGAUGAUUCACAGUGCCUUCCUUCCACAGGAUGAGUCGAGACAAGAAGAGCUGGCUUUCGUGGGCGAGGAGAAGCUGCUUCUGCGGAAAGCUAUCACCAGCGAGUUUGAGGCACCGGCGGAAGGCGUGGCCUCGGGUUCUGGAUGGGGACAGAAGUCCGUCUGCGAGGGCCGCGCUGAACCACCCUUGGUUGAAGGGCAAGUGAGCCUUCGCAAAAAUGGCCUUUCGUGUCGAGGUUUUUUCCGUGGAGCUCGGCCACUCCUCCGUGCGAUCCUUUGCGUCGCUGCGGUUACGGUUCGAUUCCGGGGAUCCAUGGCUCGCGAGAUUGGACUCGUAGUAAUCCUCUCCGUAUUUCACAGGGAUGAGAUGUUUCGAAGAGAAGCACCGCUUCUUCCAUUCGCAAGUCCUGAAUGCAGCUGCAAGAGAUAG